AUGUCGGGCGUCGAUGAUGCGUUCAAACAACCGAGCCCGUUCAAGUCGAGUCCCGGCGUAGUGUCGAUGACCGCCACGGCGGAGGAGAGGGAGCCACAACUCCUCGCGCAAAUGGGCAAACCUCGGCUUUCGAAAGCGAUGGACAAAUUCUUCCUUGACACGCCGUCCGAGUACGAGGCCAAGAUCCCCAAGCCCACCAAAAAACUGGGGACGGAGGCUGCGAUGAAAGAGAUGGCUGAGGCGAUCAGGGAUGUGGUGAGUGCUCCGGUGCUACCGCUUGGCUUUGACCGUACGGGUAUGACUGACCACUGUCUCCCGAUCAUUGAUGCACCCGGCUGUAGACUGUCGAGCGACGUCUGGUCGGAUGCGACAAUUCGGGUAUUUACUUCGAGCUCGCGCCCGAUCGCGGGGAGAAGGAGCAGACCCCCGACGCUAUCAUCCUCAUGCAUGCGGCGGUGACUGCUGCACUACCGCUGCUCCCGAUCUUUCCUCGGUUUGGGCGCAGUCACAGGCACCCAACUCCGAUGGAAGGCAUGCCCCCGGCGCCUCGAUGCGACUCCUCGCAGAUUGCAUUGACGAUUGAGGUGAAGGAGAGCGACACGAUGAGCGGAGAAGCGGAGAAGCAAGUGAUUAGGCGGCUGCAUAUGAUUCGUAGGACCACGCUCCGCGCCCACGCGAUCGGGGUCACCCUUUGCGGGGACGUCCUUCAAGUCUACCUCGUCAACGCGAGUGGGGCGUUCAUGACGAACGCUCGCAAGUGCGGUACGGAAGCCGUGCUGCUCCGGCGCGUGCUGUCGCGAGCUGUCGCGCCUCAUCGAACUCGACGACGACGGGCUCGGGAUGCUGGCCUCGGUGAACAAGGUCGACGACGUUUUCGGCCCUUUCGUCAUCUCGGACAUGUUCCUCCCACCCUGCGCCCACGACUUCGAGACCGAGCUCGGCGAUCUUCGAGAUCUCGAGAUCCAGGAGCUCCUCAUCCGACGCCGACACUGUCCUGGUCUCACCACCUUCGCGUUCCAUGCCACCGCACGACACGCCGCGCCUGUCGACCCCACGUUGAUGAUCACAAUCACGUCGACCUCGCCUACCCCUGCGGCUGAGUACGCUACGACCGUCGCAUGGGCGGAACAGUCCCUCCUCGACGAUGCCAUGGCACUACGUUGCAAGAUGCACGCCGCGUCGCGUGCCGACACCGAGGGACUAAGCCUUAGCGCCGGCAUCUACCGGGGCGACUUGCGCACGCUUCCGGCCUUCUUCGGCGACGAUGAAAGCUUCGACGAUAUCGAGCCCCGGGCACUCGAGAUAGUCUUCCACCAACAGUGCUAUUGGCCCCUCAACACGGCGACCACGACCAAGGAGCUCGCUGAGGCCGUACUUGGAGUCGUCAAAGGUGAGCACAGGGAUCAACUGGGCGGCCUUGCGUUUGCGCUCCCUAGCCGACACGCCCGUUCCCAUGACAAUGCAGGACACCGAAACCUCUACACGCUGGGGUAUAUCCACCGGGAUAUCUCGUACGAUAACGCCGUCAUCGACCGCGACGGUGUCGGCACCCUCAUCGAUUAUCACCUCGCCGUCCCGCAUGAUCGACCUUACAUCGAGCUGCACCAUAGAAUACGAUCCGUGCGUCCUCCCCUCUGUAUGUUUCUCCGAAUGAACUUUCUGAUAAGGGCUAACCCUUGGAUUAUACGACGUCUUACAGGGCACCUGGCCCUACCUCGCCUGCUCGAUCCUCGCCCAACCGAACGAGCCACUCGGUGUCGUCCACGAACGGUGGCACGACAUCGAGUCGCUCCUCUACGUCGUGAUGGAGAUCUCGUUUCGCGAGCCGUACCAGGGUGACGAGAAAGUCCUCGUGAUGACGCCGAAGGGUCAGACUAUCUGGGGGGACUGGAAUCGGCCAGAAGCGCACGUAGUCUAUGCCAUCAAAGAAAAGCUUCGCAUGGACAAGGCAUACAGAUCUUUACUCGGAGGCUGUGCACAUCGAUGGACAAAUAUCCGGCUCCUUAUCGACAUCUUGAGACGCAAUUGCGGCCUCGAUAGCCGGUUCCUUGGUCUCGAGGUGGCCGAGGAAGAUUCCGAACUGGGGGAGUUGUAG